ACAUUUGCCGCUACAGCGAUGGCCUUGAGACGCUUUGGAGCUUGUCACAAAAAAUUGAGCCAGUAUUUGUCUUUUACAAUCGCCAGUAUGAGUUCACAGGUAUCCAUACGGCUUCUCCCCAGUUCCAGGUGUCUAUUCGAUGAAGCCGUGCUGAUAAAAGUACGAGGACUUGCCCCGGAGCAGCGAGUUGAUCUGACGGCAAAACUCACCGAUGACAAAGGCGUACUUUUUAAGUCUUCGGCCGCGUACAGGGCGGACCUAAGCGGGGAGAUAGAUUUAGGCAGCGCUCCCGCUUUGGGCGGCAGUUACACAGGAGUUGAACCUAUGGGUCUGUUCUGCUCCUUGAAACCAGAAACUCCACACGCAAAACUGCGAAAGACUGACGUGUUAAGCCCGUGUUUUGUCGACAUUGAGGUACGCAGCAGUGAGAAUCGGGAACAAGUACUCGCUAGAGAGACCAAUGAGAGAGGAUUCAUGAUAGAGGGGAUGCGUAGAGUACCUGUGGAAGAUGGAAGAGUACGGGGUAUACUCUUUCUGCCACCUGGGCCAGGGCCGUUCCCAGGUGUGGUGGAUAUGUAUACUUUAGGAGGGGGCCUGUCUGAAAUACGUGCAUGCCUGCUGGCCAAGCAGGGCUUUGCGAUUUUAUCUCUGGCUUACUACAGGUACAAGGACCUGCCCAAAUUGCCCAACAAGUUCGAUCUGGAAUACUUUGAAGAGGCCAUAAUGUUCCUGAGGAGACAACCUGAGGUCAGAGAAUCUGGGCUAGGUAUCUUAUCCAUCUCUAAGAGUGGUGAUCUAGCACUGUCUAUGGCAUCGUUCCUGCCUGGAGUCUCAGCCACAGUGUGCAUCAAUGCCUGCUGUGCGAAUACCAUGUUGCCCCUCCACUACAAAACCAUGGUCAUCCCACCCCUUAACACUGACCUCACAAGUGUAAAGGUCACAGAGUCUGGACUCCUGGAUGUCAGGGAAGUCCUGGUAGACCCCUUGGCAGAGGAGAACCGGGGAUCCCUCAUUCCCAUCGAGAGAGCAAACUGCAGGUUUCUCUUCGCGGUGUCGGGGGAGGACAGAAACUGGAAGAGUGACUACUUUGCAGAGCAGGCUAUCAAGCGCCUAAAGGAUCAUGGGAAGGAGAGCUGGGAGAUGGUGAGCUAUCCAGAAGCAGGCCACUUCCUGGAUGUCCCCUACAUGCCACACUGUGGCUCGUGCAUGCACGCUGCUGUGGGCCGGGUUGUGGUGUUUGGAGGUGAUCCCUGUGCUCACUCCAAAGCACAGGUGGACUUGUGGGAGAGGAUCAUGUGCUUUUUUAGGAAGCACCUUGAGAGUGGGACAUCCUCUCAGAAAGCCAAGCUCUAAUCAGGUCCAACUAUCAGGAAAAAAAUCUUUUGCUAAGAUAACAAGGAAAAAGCAAUAAACUAAUAAAUAAACUAAAUGGGAAAAACUGAACUGUUUUGUACAUACUGUUUGUAAACUCUUGAAAAUCUUGACAGAUUAAAGAAGUGGGUUUAACUGGAUGUAUCCUGGGUUUCUUUGGGUAUAAAUAUUGAAAUAGUGGUUGAUUCCUGAGUGUGAACAGGCAGACUAUUCCAUAAUUGUGGGGCUCUGAAGGAGAAGGCCCUGCUGCCUGUUUUAGUUAUCUUGAGACUCUGAGCUAGCAAUGUCUUGUGAUGGAAGCAGCCUUGGAAGGUUAUACAGAGAUAAUAGUAAUGUUAAAUGUCUAUUUAACAUUUCAUAUAUUAAGAGCAAUGCCUUAAACUCAGCCUAGUACCUAAUGGGUAGCCAAUGGAGUGAAGACAAGACAGGUGUAGUAUGAUCACAUUUUCUGUUAUUAUUUUGUGAUAAUUCUGA